GUCAUCUGACAGAUGUUUCACGUGGUAUUUAUAUUGACGGGGUACAUUUGAACCAAAAUGGUAUGAGACGUCUGUUUUUCAACGUCAGAGGUGCGGUCGUACAGGCUGUUCGAAAUCACUGACUUUUCCAUGGUGCAAAUGCUGGUUCCGGAUGAAAGAUUACCAAUAACCGUGUUUUACUUGACAUUCUUUUACAAAGUUCUAUCAGUUGGUUAUUUCUGGAUGGACAAGAACUUUCAUAAGUUAUUUGUAUUUCAACCGGUGUAAUGUAACAAGACUGUAUAAACUUUUAGCAUUGUUUAGUGUCAAUUGACAGAUUUUGCAAAGUCUUUAAUUUUUGGCUUACACUAUUUUGUUUUAUUGUCUAUUUUGUUAUUCAUGUCGAUAAAGGUGAUUGGUCUUUUAGGUCUACUCAAUUUUGUAUAGGUAUCAAUGCCUGCAAUGUGGAUAUCACGUCCAAUUUUACAAUUUUUCAACCUUUUGAAUUACAUAUUUGUAAACGUCGGCUUUAUUUCAACAGGUAGAUUUAUUAAAGUUCAGGUAUGUGUACAGUACCUGUAUUACGUGUACAAUAAUUAUUAGCUAUCUGCGUACAUUCAGUACUUCACAAUACAGACUACCUUUAAUUGAUUUAAUAAGGAAAUUAUGCACAGACAUGUAACAAAUUAAGACAAAAUUAAUGUUGUUACAUAAAACAGUCUUCCUUUUAAUAUGAAAGUGUUAAUGCAUAAGCAUGUUACAUAUUAAGUCAUUUGAGUUAUCAAUACACACAGGUUUGAACAAAUACAAUUCAAUUACAUAACGUUUUUUCACGUCAGGAUUCAGGUUAGGUGAAACCUGUAGUCAUAUACAAUUACAUUUAAAGAAUUACGCUUAUUUUGGGUAUGGCAUUUUUACGCUACUUUUGGUAUGGCAUUUUUACGCUAAUUUCGGGUAUGGCAUUGGUGCAUGUUUAUCAAUGUCCAGCUAUUUCGUUAUUAUGUUUGCGCCUUGGUUGUGGCCCGAGCUCUGUCUUUUUCCUAAGGAGCGGGGCCGGAAACUUUGCAUUAAAACAAUAUCAAAGAUGUAUCCGCUUAAAUCAAGAACUAUUUUAGUAUAUAGUUCAAACAUAAUUCUAUUGCAUGAUUCUAUUGCAUGGCCUUGGUCCUGCAGUACUGUUUUGUAAAGGGGCAUUGGUCCCCAUGUUAAACCUAUUUCACUGAUAAGUGUGGCCUCGGUCCACAUUUACACUUACACUUUGUCUGAUGUGGCCUUGGUCCACAUUUUAUGGAUUAUAAAUCACUAAGUGUGUUAAAUUUCCGUUAACAAACAAUACUUGUCUAAUAGCCUAAUGUGUGGCCUUGGUCCACUUUUUAUGCACUAUCAAUCAAUGUUAAUUUUACAUGGACUAGUGUGGCCUUGGUCCACAAUUAAUUGAUUUUCAGGCUGUUACAAGCACUUAUUUUCAUAAAGACUUUGACUGAUGUGGCCUUGGGCCAUAAUUUAUGAUGGCCUGUUCUGGCCUUGGUCCACAUUUCAUGUUAUUUAAACCACUACUUGUAUCUUUUAUGGUUGAAACUUUCCGUAUAGUCUAAGAUAGGCUUCGCCCACUUUUAAUGACUUGUCAGUUAGUGUAAAAUUCUACAUGUAAAUCUGACUAGUAGGGCCUUUUUAAAAAAAAAUUAAUGAAUUUUCAGGUGUUACUUAUUUACAUUUAGACUUUGACUGAUGUGGCCUUGGUUCACAAUUACUGUUUUACCCAUUAACUAAAUUUUUCAUUUGUUACUUUGACUAAGGCAGCUUUGAUCUAUAUAUUUAGAUAGAUAGAUAGAUUGAUAGAUAGAUGUAUAUGUAUAUGUUUUUAACUCUGAUGCCAUAGCUUCAGUCAAUAAUAGCCUUACAUUUCGGUCAUGUUCAUGUCAGUUGUUAACAUAAAGAGACUUUAACGUGACAUUAAUACAUACAACAAUAUUUCAUUAAUUUUAGUCUCAACACAUAUGAAUUAUUUCAUACAUUAUCAGCCAGUAAAUGUUUACCCAUCAUGUAUAUACAACGCACAGGUUUUUAUCGCUACAUAUCUACAGGCCCAAUUUUUAAGUUUUACGCGCUUGGUCAAGGCCAAUCCUUUACCAUCUUUCUGUGACUUUCAGGAUGAGUAAAAGGAAACGAACUCCCAAUGAGUCGCCAUCUAUUGAAGAACUUACAGAGCGUCUUGUGCCACAGGUUACAACCGCAGUUAUGAAGUCACUGCAUGAUCUGGGGGUACUUCCUCGACAACAACCCGUCCCUGUUGCUGCUAGUUCACAGACAUCAUCUACGCUUGAUCAUACAACCGGUGUGUCGGUACCUCAUCCCGCCAUCACAUCCACUUCAACCACUGGUAGCUUUGAAGCUUCUAAUGGACCAGGUUCAAGCACUUUCGUAGAUGUUCAUGUGACUGCACCACCGGAGCCUGCAAACCAAUCCAUACAAAAUAUUCAGGGCAGCUGCAUUAUCCCAGCUUCAUCUUCCUCACAGUCUGAUCCCAGUGCCACACACACACAAGAAUUACAGCUAGAUCAAUCUACACGGCAAAUAACCAUUGGGGCAUUUUCUUCGUUGGAUGCAACAGGUUCGAACACUAAUCUUCCAUCAUUUAAUAACCCUGGCAUAGCUUUAUCUGUGGGAGUCGAUACAAAGUUGAAGGCCAAGAUAUGGGCCGAACAGUUCCUUCCUUUUGCAUCAUUGAUUUCCGCGAAAGAAUCCGGCUCUUUAACAUUCAGGCAAAACCCCGAUGGUUCAAUUGGCCUACAGAAAGCCGAACAAGAAGACAUUAAAUCAAUGGAAGGAUGGCACAAGGCUUUCACCAUAUUUACUGGUAUAUACACGGAACGUCUGCCCCAUGCUGCUCCGUCAUUGAUGAAAUAUUCCUCCACAAUUCAACAACUGGCUAAACAGGCAGGUCCUUAUGCAGCCCUUCAGUACGACAUAUCUUUCCGCAAGCUUAGGGAAACCGAUCCUAACAUGCAUCCUUGGGACUAUCCGAAUGCAGAGCUUUACAACAAAGCCAUGGCUGACAGCCUAAGCUUCCGUUUUCGAUCUCAAAGCAACCAGUCCUUUCGUGCCAAAAGAGCACCUCUACCGUGCCUCAACUACAAUAACAAUGGCCAAUGCUUACGCCGAGUCUGCAGGUUCUCUCACAUCUGUAAGUUAUGCAGGGGAUCACACUCCAAGCGAUACUGUCCCAAGAAGCCUCUCUUCUCCCAACAGUCUGGGCCAUCACCAACCACAGGGCUUUCAUCAGGAUCUUCCAUCCAAAAAACAACCCAAGUCCCAAGCAAAUCAGUUCCAGCUACCAUUACAAGACCACCUAAACCUUAAUACAGCUGUUGUUACUCCAAUAAAACCCAGUAUAUUAGACUUUUGGCUUAACGGCUUUCAUGCUGCUGAGAGAGAUUUUCUUAUACGUGGAUUUACAAACGGUUUCCAUAUUCCCUUUCAAGGUAACUCCUUGGUUCCAAAUGACU